UGAACGCUCAAACACAAGUUUGGGGCGAGGCGGCCAUAGGGAGUUUCUGGGCUGGGACAGUCGCGGAAAGCAGCGUCAGAGAGUUAUGGAGAGCGGCGGAGGCGCCUACGGAGCCGCGAAAGCGGGAGGCACGUUUGACCUGUGGCAUUUCUUGCAGCAGCCACAGGUCAUUGCACGCAUUUUCAGUGCGAUAUUUGCACUCAUUGUUUUCUCCUGCAUCAUUGGGGAAGGUUACACCAACCCGCCGUCAGCUAGUAAUCUUUACUGCAUCUUUAAUCAUAGUGAGGAUGCCUGUCGUUAUGGUAUCGGCAUUGGUGUGGUUGCCUUCCUGGCUUGUAUAUUUUUCUUUAUGGUCGACAUCUACUUCCCCCAGAUUAGCAGCGCCACUGAUCGCAAGUACCUCGUUAUGGCCGACUUAGCCUUCUCAGCUGUUUGGACCUUUUUGUGGUUUAUUGGAUUCUGUGUGCUGACAAACCAGUGGUCAUCAGUGCAGCCUGGAGAGGUAUUAAUUGGGGCUGAUUCUGCCCGUGCAUCAAUUGCCUUCAGUUUCUUCUCCAUUUUUUCAUGGGGACUCCUGAUUGCCUUCGCCCUUCAGCGUUACCGUAUGGGUGUCCAAGAUUUUGACCAAAGUUACAUCGACCCAGCUCCAGGUCCAACACCCCCAUACUCCAGUUACCCCAAUGCCAGUCAUGAGAGCUACCAGCAGCCACCCUUCACUACCACUGGAGAGAACUCUGAGGGCUACCAGCCUCCACCUGUGUAUUGAUUGCUACUCACUGUUCAAAGCAGCUGGCAGGGAAUAGUACAUUAGUGCUAUGUAUUCAUUUCUCGGGGUGGGGACUAUGUCUACUGUGAAAUUGUGAGGAUGUUACAACCAAGAUUGUAGGUUGUGCCUGUAUAUGUAAUGGGUUCUGGGAUAGUCUAUUGUUUUCAACUAUUUUCAAAACUUGCUUCUUGAAAAAAACAAACCCCUCUUUGUGGGUACAGGAAGCUUGUAGUGUGACUUGCAAGGCGUAUUAAUUGCUGAAAUGGUAUUGACUACUUGGUCUUACUACUGCUGCAGCUAACCUAAGCUGCUUGCUGGAAAUUAAGCUAGAGGCAUUUUGCAACUGAGGAAGACUACUUCUACUGGAUAUGCCCCAGUGGGAUCCUUACUACUGCUAUAUGCCUAGUGCUGUUACAUCUGUGCCUUGGUGUGCUUGUUCAUCUUGACCAUUCCAGACCUCCAAUGGGUCUGGUGUUCCUAUGGCUGUGGUGCUACCCUUCCAGACUGAGAAAUGCCUGUGCAGUGCUUUCUAUCAUUUCAGUUGCUGAUACCAAAACCAAUUAAAAGCAUUUCUAGAUAAAGCUUUAGACGCAUUGCAUUAGUGAUUCAAUUGAAUUUAUCAUAUCAUGCCUUUUCUUUGGUUUAAAAGUGGGAAGAACUUGGUUCCAUGAAGAAUUGUGAGACCUGUUUUAAAUACUUUAUAGAGACCUACCAGUUUUCAAUAAUGUACCAAAGGCAAAACUCACUCUUACAAAUUUUAUUCUCCUUACCUUUCCUGAAUCACUAACAAAUAGGAAUGUGUGUGAAGGGGAAAGUACACUGCUUUGAAGCCAUCACACUUUGCAUCUAGAAGAGCUCAAAAACAAUAGCUGCAAUACUGUCUUUUGAUCAAACUCAAAUCAGGAUUUUUUGGGUGAAUAGGCCUUAAACCACAGCCAAUGCCAAAGCAUAGCAUAUCCCAUUACCUCACUGACCCUCAUCUUCCCACGCAGUCCCUGCCCCAAAAGCACAGCAGAGCCUAUCCCCAAUCUUCAGAGUGCCUUCCUUUCCUCCCUGCUGUGACUGCCAGCCUCUGCAUUUGGUGCCACUCUUGCCCUAUCUCAAACCUCCACUACUGGAACAAAAGAGACCCCCCAUUUUAAUCUGUAUGCAGACCAAAACAUUCAAAAUUGAUGUAUUUCAGUUCAGGAAGAGAUCAGCUAAAAUGACUGUUCUGCACACAAUGUUUUAUACAUCUCCAUUAACAAGUCUUUCAAGAGAAUGGCUUUUUUGUAUCCAUAGCCUGUGGCUGUUAACACUGCUGUUUUCUAAUUGCAAGUUUUGGGAAACUCCAGGCAAAUGUUGCAAUCUUGGGGCUUUGAAGUGUUGUAAAUCUUUUGCCAUAGUAGAAGUCAAAUUAUAUGCAUCUCUUAGAACAUGUUGUGGAUUUUGAUGUGUCCUAUAAUUUUAGGGGAGUGGACAAAUACUUUAUUUUACAGAAAGAUUAAUGACUAGGCAAGGGUGUAUUGUCUAGCUAGCAUAUGGACAGCAGUGGAACUUUUAAAAAGCAUGAAUCCUUUUAGACUAGCCUUUAUUGCCUGCUUUUUGUCU